AUGAGUUCAUGUCAGCAGUGGUCGGGGAUAUAGCAAGCUUUGCUGUUCAUAGGUAAGAGGAAGAAGAAGAAUGAGGGAAGUGAAGAAGGCUUUGAGUUUCAUCUUGACAGUAGAAUUUUGGAGGAUGGGAAUCUUUUGGACACUCUCUCUUGUCAUGUCUUACUUCCAGUUGUUCUGGCAAAGGGUUUUUACUAAAAAGCCUAAUGCUUAUCCUCGUUGCCCGCCGCAAAGAAUUGGGACUAAGAAACCCAUUUGCGUGAUUACUGGUGCUACGUCUGGUAUUGGUGCGGCGGCAGCUUAUGAUCUUUCAAAGGAGGGGUUUUAUGUUGUUCUUGUUGGAAGGUCAUCCCAAUUGCUAUCUAAGAUGAUAGAAUGGAUACACAAAAAGAAUAAGGAUGCCUGUGUAGAAGCUUUUGAGGUUGACCUAUCAUCUUUCCAGUCAAUCUUGAAGUUUAAAGACUCACUUGAGAAGUGGCUAUUAGAUUCAGAUAUGCAUGUUUCUGUCCAACUCUUGAUAAACAAUGCUGGGAUACUGGCAGCUUCACAUCGUCUCACAGAAGAAGGCUAUGAUCAGAUGAUGGGUACAAAUUACAUUGGUGCCUUCUCUUUGACCAAACUUCUCCUACCGCUUCUCAAAAACAGUCCUAUUGGCUCACGGAUAGUAAAUGUCACCUCCUUUACACAUCGAAAUCUAUUUAAUGUACAGAUUGACAAAGAAACUGUUGUUGGGAAGUGCCUCUCUAGAUCAAAACAGUAUCCAUUUUCUCAUAUCUACGAGUUCUCCAAGUUAUGUCUCCUGAUGUUCUCAUAUGAGCUUCACCGGCAACUUCACUCGACAGAUGAAUCUUGCAAAGUCUCUGUUAUUGCAGCCGAUCCUGGAGCAGUGGAAACCAAUAUCAUGCGAGAACUCCCUUCUUAUAUUUCCCGUAUGACAUUUAUAGCGCUCAACCUUCUGGGCCUUUUGCAGUCACCUGAAGAGGGGGCUAGCUCUGUUAUUGAUGCUGCUCUUGCUCCACCACAAACUUGUUUUGUUCAUCUCAGGAAAUAUCUGGAGUGUACUUUUUUGGUGGAAAGGGCAGGACUCUGAACUCUUCCGCACUAUCACACAAUAUCAGACUUGCAGAGAAGCUUUGGAGAUCUUCAAGCGACCUCUUUUUAGAGUCAAAACUCGCUUCUGCUAGAACAUACACUUCAUGAAUUGUAAGUCAGAGGGACACGCUACCAUGAACAAAGGAAAUGAUCACGUGUUUAUGCAAAAAGGGUUUUCAUUUUUCUGCAUAAUUCACAAAUAUGAAUCGAGUGAAAAAUAGCCAUUGAAAUGUCUACAAGAGUUGAGGAAUACAAAGAAUGAUAUACCUUGUGUGUCUUGCCAUCAUAAUGAUUCCUAGGAUUCAAUGAUACACUUGUUAGAUACUUAGUGCUGUUUGGUUAUUGUCUCUUGUCUAGUGAUAAAAGAGAAAAAGACAGUUGAGAUUGAAAGGACAUGUCCCCCUGUCUUUCCUGUUUUGAAAGGAUAAAAAUUCACUUCAAAAUUGUCCAGUCUUUGUCCCUCCAACUAAACCUUUCUGUAUUUGUCUCUUGUAUUCUAGGACACUAACAAAACGCAAGAUAUCAUAUCCAAACCUUUUCAUGUGAGCA